UUCACUAAACAUGGCGGCGUCGGGUAAUAGCUGUUGGGUCGCUCCGGAGGUUUACAAACACCACGAACAGAGAAAAGUAUGCAUAUCUCGGGCAAAAUAUCGAGAGGGGAGGAAAGCAAGGUCUGUUAAGGUGUACACCAUCAAUUUAGAGUCUUGUUACGUCAUGGUACAAGGGGUCCCUGCCAUUGGAGUUAUGACGGAGCUGAUCCAGCUAUGUGCUCUGUAUGGAACCGUGCAAGAGUACAGACCGUUGGAUGAGUACCCUGCUGAGGAGUUCACGGAGGUCUACCUUGUCAAGUUCCAGAAGAUCACCAGUGCCAGAGCAGCUAAACGACACAUGGAUGAGAAGAGUUUUUAUGGAGGUGUGCUGCAUGUUUGCUAUGUACCUGAAUAUGAGACUGUAGAGGACACCAGGAUGAAGCUGCAGGACCGGAGGAGAUACGUACUGCGGGCAGCUCAUAGUAAAGUUCGAGAGAGGGAGCUGGAAGAGACAUCAAACAAGGAGUCAACGGAACCCACUCCAGAGAUCAUCCCUCCACAUAAUGACACGAGUAACCGUGACAAUGAAGGAGAGAGUUCCAACAUCGAACAUCAAUAUGGCUUUCCUUUACUGCCGCUACCUCCACAGGAACAUUACUACUCAAAACACAACGACCAUGUACCAACAGAGGACAAAAUGGGGACAUUGCCCAACGCCAUCAUGGACAGUAAAGAAAAGACAGCGUCAAGCUCACAUAAAUCUCGUGUUGCAGAGGACAGACUGACCUCGAAUCAUCUGUGCGCAGUCAAAUUUGUGCCGAGGACAACAAACUUGGAGAGCAGAAAACGCAGGAUGGAAGAUGUUGUGUCACACUCGCUGUCUGAUGUCAUGUCAGGAAAAAAUGAGGUACUCAUUGGACCAAAACUAGCAGACACGCCAAAAGUGGACAUGGAGGACGACUCUCUGAACACGACUGUCCACUUGAUCCGGAACGCAAUGAAACAGGUGUCGUCUGUUCCUGAUGUCAAACCAGUGGAAAAAAAGAUGAAACCACGACGGCGGAUUUGAUCAGACCACCUUGCUGACAACCAUUCACUUUGGUUCUUUUUUAUUUGUUGACACAUCUCCCAUUAAAUGGUGACACUUAACCACAGGAAGUGAACAAAGUUUUUACUAUCAGUAAUAGACACGGAAAAGUAGGAUUAAAUACGCUCUGCUUUUUCCUACUCCUUUUCAGACAUGUUGUAUUGUGCAACAUGUGAUGUUCCUUAAAGUGUUAAUCUUGUUAUUUCCGCCGUGAAAAAUAACAUUGAAAGGCGUAUUUCCUGUGUGUGCUCGAAUGUUUAAAUAUUUAUUAUUUUUUUUAAAUGUCAGUUACUUCUUCAGUGUUUGGAGGAGGCGGAGCAAGUGACGUCAGAUUCCAGACGGCCCCACAACAAUGCAUUCUCUGAUGUUAUCCUCCACUUCUUGGUGAAUUUCUGUUGUUUGUUAUAUAUUUAUAUUUAUUAUGCCGACUCGUGUUGAAGGCUUUUGCUGGACCACUCGAGGAGACAGCGUAAGCUUGUUCAUAUUUCUAAAAGACAGGUGUGUUGACAAACUUCGUGGGACAAAUGCCCCGCCGAUGGAAAAAAAAAAGUCAAAAACCCACAAGAUGUGUGACCGUGGAAAAGCAUGGCAAGGUGGCAGUCAGUCCAUCUACAUUUCUUCUGCUAAUAUGCGCAUAUUAACCAGUCUACGAAUCUUAGAAUAAUGUGGAUUUUCAUGCCAAAUUGCUUGCCAAACAACAAUGGUCUGUCGUCUUCAGCUCUAUGCAGUGUGCAAAAAGCUAGCUGGUAGCUGUCAGUGGCUAUCACUGCUAGUAAAACAUAUCAUACUCCUCACAACACAAUAUUAGUGAAUGUUAGUGUUAUGAAUACUGUACAGUAUGUCACUUUCUUUGCAUGCGUUCAUGGCUGUGUUUGCAGCUGGUUGCCGGUGUCACGCACGUGUUCUAGAUGUGAAUUGUUAGCAAAAACCAGGCUUGCAGGAACUUCAUCUGUCAGUUGUAGUAAGUAAAUCCAUAUAUAUAUUUUUUUUAACUAAAUCUAUUCUACGAAUCUUAGAAUAAUAGUAAGGGGGCUCAUUCUAGGGCUAAAUAAGCAGCGAUCGCUGCUCGCUGGUCUUUAUUUCGCAGUGCGCAUAGAGGUGUCUGUGUCACUGGCAGUCAAAAAAACAUACUUGUGGCCAUUUUUUCUGUGUGUUAUAGUGAUGACAACACAAUAUCAGUCUAUGUUGUUAUUGGGAAUAUGUUAUAUUUAACAAUGCUCACUGACGACGUGCAGGUUCUGAGUGGAAAAAAGACGAGAGGCACGUUUAUCUUGCAACCGGCGGCAUCAACUGUCAUUUGCCAUUCUCAAAGCACACAACACAUUCCGGCCUUCAAAAUAAGAGCACUUGCUUGUCACAUUUGUCUAAUUGUGUGAACAAAAUAAGGGUGUCAUUAAAACAUCGUACAUUAAUAACACGAUUGGAAUUACAUCUGUGUCACUAACCCAAAUAGCACACACUCUAUGCUGGGAAAACAAGUGGAAAAGGUAAAAAAAAACCAGAGAAAACGGACUUUGGGAAAAAAUAAAAUGGAUUUCAUAGGGCCCUAAGAGAGUUAGUUAAAAAAAAGAAUCUUAUUCUAAAUAGCACAACAAAUUCAUCUACAACCAUGUCAAAUUAUUAGUCCUACCUUACAAGUAUUUUGCAUG